GACAGGUUCUCCUCACCGAAUUUUUGAUCCGUAAAAAAAUAUUGCCAUUGUCAAAUUAGCGACUGAGCGAGGAGCCGACUUGAGGAACAUAACCGUCUGAGGACGUCCGAAAUUUUCUGUUUUUAAAAACAGAAAUAAUCCUAUUGUGUUAAGCGACGAAAGAGUUCCUUGAAACUUAUCGACGACAAGUAUAUACAGUUAAGAGAUGUACCUGUUAAACUGAGAAAAAUAUCAACUUUAACAAAUACAACACCAGAUUUUCCUUAAAGGUAAGCUUUGUCUCUCACAGACAGCAGAAAUAGGGCUUUCUGUGUGUUAGGUAUGAAAUAUUAUUAGAAGAGUGGGAAAUUAGAUCAAAGACAUUUCAUAUUCUGAUGCAAUAGUUUUCUUGAUUAUCGGCCGCAGCGUUCUUGACAAUCUUACAUUUCGUAUUAUUGCAUUAUCUUAUUAUUCUGUUAUUAUUAUAUUCCCUUUACUUUAAAAGCUAACUCAAGGUCGAGUAUAAAAUGAACUAAUUUAAAAGACAUUUCUUUUCAAAUUGAAGCCUUUUUGUAGGGUGUCGGUUUAAGUUUUUAGUUCAAGUACAGAAAGAAGGCACUCCAAUAAUAUCGUUUAGUUAAUCAGUUUUUAUUUUCCUUUUAAUAGCCGCGAAAAAAUCUGUACGAAAAUGUCUAAGGUUUUCUACAAUAUGUAAGGUUUUCUAAAAAUCUUAUAUCAAACAAAUUUAGUGAAAACAAAUGGGAAAUCGACUAUGUACUUAAGAACCCCGAAUCCUGGCUGCUAUUAAAUAAUUUAGCCUUGAGUGAUUAUCGCUAGAGCGAUAUUUAAGCUAUCCAACCUGGAAGUUCGCUGGUAAAACUUUCUUUUUAUUGGCUGUAAGAGAGCUAGAAAGCGCAUAUAUAAAGAAACAGAGGGUGUUUUGAGAGAUCAAUCAAAGGUAGAGUAAGGCAUUACAAGGCGCCGAAACUGAGAGAGGCUUCCUACGGUCAAAAGUUAAUUGUCCCUUUCUUCAGGUACCUGUUGUUCAGCAUCUAUUCUGUCAGUAAAGGCAAAUUAUUGCGGCUACUUCACCAUGACCAUUCUGCCAUAAAAACAAUCAUUGUCCAUUUUCUCCAAUACGAAAAAAAAAAGUUAAACGUAUUUUUCCAGCAAGUGGCUUUCUCGAUGUUCAGUGAAAGAGCUCGGCGAUGCAGAAACAGUAAAAAUUAUUGUCAGACAAUUGUGACAAUCAAUUGUCAACCGAAAGCGUUAAAAGUUGCGGAGUCGUGCAAACUUUUCAUUGUUUUUUGUCUUGUUUUAAUCCGAGCUGGGCAGUACUUUCAUGCAUGUAUUUGCCACUGAUCAGUGCCUUUGAUGAAAAAUAAGAGUCCAGAAUAAAACAGAGUCUAUCAAAUUAUAGCUUUUGGCAGUGGCGGACCCAAGGGAGGGGCCCAGGGGGCCCGGUCCCCCCUAUUUUUAGUCAAACUGAGGCCCAAAGGGUCCCUGCGGCUCGUGGUUCCACUUGAGUUUUGAACAUUUUAUGACGUCAUUUCUAUAGUCUAUAAGAGUAUAGACCAUGGAGAAUUGUGGUCGCUUUGUUAAAAACUUGAGCUUCAGCUUCUAACCUAAGUUAAUUCUUUAGUUAUCUUCCCGCUAAACAUUCAAUCCAAUCUAUCUGACAUACUCUGAGACCUCUGUCACAUGUACAUUUUGUUUACAAAUCACUCGAGAACGCUUUGUAACAUUUAUUCAGCAGUCUUAUCAUGACAGACACACCACAGCCCGACCCUGUGGAGGGGGGAGGGGAGGAGAGUGAAAAGAGCAAUGGAAAGAAAAGCAGCUUUCCCAAACGUUAUAUCAUAGCCAUUAUGAUUUUCCUUGGUAUCUGCGUGCAGUACGCUCUCCGAGUAAAUCUUAGUGUCGCCAUUGGAGCUAUGUGUAAUAACCAUACGAUUCAACAAAAUGGUUUCACCAUACAGAAGGUAUGUGCUACAGGUCUUUUGUGAUCUUGCUUUGCAAUAAAACAGAAAUUUUGACAGGAAAUCCAAUGUUCACUAUACUUUUAAAAACUCCCUAUUUGAAGAAUGUCUUUUGCAAAAACAGAGAACUGAAAAAUCCUGAAAAAUGAAUUUAAAUACGGCGUUGUAAUUAGCCAGAAAGAGAAAAUUCUCCCUUUAAAGUUUUUCUUAAAUACUGAUACAUUGUAUAGUUUAUGUUGUACAAAUCCCCUGGAAUCAGAUCAUGCAAAUAACAAGUAGCAAUUACGCUAACGUUUAUCUUUCCUUCAAAGAAAGCUGAAUUCAAUUGGAGUUCAAAGCUGCAAGGUGGGUAUGUUACACACUAUUUCUAAACGCCCCGUGCAACCGGACACAAUAUUGUUGGCCAUGGCCAAUAACUCCCAACAUUGUUGGAUGUUACAUGUUGCGUCCGUUUGCACAUCCUGUUGCAUGUUUUUGAGUGUUGCUGCGUGUUGUUCGGAGUUGUCGCAUCCGUUUGCAUACAACAGCUAACAAGGACGCAACAACUCCCAACAUUGCAUUGUUGGCCCAAAAAUGGUGGGAGUUGCUGCGUCCGCUUGCACGUAACUUAUGAACAACGUUUUUACCGCCAGCAUUUUGCAAUGUCAGUCUAAUACUAGACCCAAAAUUGAUCAAACUUGAAGAUAUGAGAACGCUUACGCUCAUUUUAAGUCUCUGUGAUAGCACAGCCCCAUAGCUAAGAAAAUUUGGUUACCCGCACAUGAAAGAAAAUUUGCUAGUCGCCUGACCGUACGUCCACCCGCCCGUACCAAAGGAAACUAGUGUGAAAUGUUAUACUUUCCGGCUAGUGUGAUGCUAGUGUGGGAGCCUAUAAUCUGAUAUUGCACAUCAAUGUUGUGAUCCAUUGACAGCUGUCAAAACAAAGUAUCCACUGACCAGUAUUACAUGACCGUAUAGCGGGCUCAGGUGUCGACCCAAACUGACCAAUACGAUACAAGUUGAUAAGAUAUACAUAUAGAAAUACCACUUGCUUGUUUUUUAAAGAUAACGCGUUUUUUUUUUCACAAAGGAACAAUUCUUGGCGCAUUUUAUUACGGCUACACUGCUAUGCAGAUCCCAGGGGGCUGGCUUGGUCAGCGGUUCGGAGGGACAAGAGUGUUCGGAAUCUGUCUCGGGAUUGCUUCGAUCCUGACUAUGCUAACGCCAAUAGCGGCACGAACAAGUGUAGCCGCACUGAUUACUCUCAGGGUGAUAGAAGGGCUUGCGUUGGUAGGUUCUUUAACUAAUUUCCUCGAUUUUAACAAACCAUUCGCUUUCCAAACUCCGAUACUACCCUUUUCAAAAUUCUGUCAGCUGCAAGACUCUUACAUGAAAUAAAUGUUUGUUGUUGUUGUUUCCUUUUUUAAUGAGAUUUGAAGACUAGUUUUAUAUAAACGAUUUCGCUAGCCUGAGAAAACAGCCGACAUUUGGCGACGCUACCACUGAUUUCCCCGCCAAAUGACGUCUGAGAAACGAGCGCUGAAAUUUCAUACUGAUGACGCGUCACUUCUCAAAUCUGGGUAGUGACGCGUCAUCAGUAUGGAAUUUCUGCGCUCAUUUCUCAGACGUCAUUUCGCGGGGAAACAUGUGGUGGCGUCGCGAAAAGUCGGCUUUUUUCUCAAGGUUACGAUUUCGCACUUACCACCGCAGAAGGGAUGGGAAAUUCGGAAAUGUUUUUUUUUUUUUUUUUUUUUUUAAUUAUUUUUUUUUUUAUUGUUAUAAUUCAAAAGAGGAAAAAGUGGUGGAGAGCAAUUACCAAUUGAAAUCUUUUUUUGGCUCAUUUCUUAACUUUCCUGUAUUAAAACUACUACUUAUGUUUUAAUUAGUGUGUAAUACAUGAAGAUGGAUAGUGUGUCGCGCCUUAACAGGUUGGUAUUUUCUCGCUAGUUGUUUUAUUCGUCUUUUGCGGGUUGACCUGUUGGGGGGUUUCGGAAAGUUGGGUUUUUUUUUAAGGUUUCGUUUUCGGCUUUUCCCCCGGUGGAGGGGGUGGAAAUUUGGAAAUUUUUUUUUUUUUUUUUUUUUUUUUAAUCAUUUCUCUUUCAGUUCUGAUAAAUCCAAAAUGGAAACGAAGGUCCAGAUCAAUUCUCAACUGUAAAUUCUAUUUGGCUCCUUUCUUACCUUACCGCUGUAAUAACUACUAUCCAUGUGUUACUGUCGGUUUCAAAGAGUAAGUUGAGUGAAUAUUGCUGUGGGUAAAAGGAAAGGAAAGGAGAAGUGACAGAAGUAAUUGCAGUAACUUUACAUACUCUUUCUCAUCUCUAUACUUACCUCGCUUUUCAAAAACACGCGAAUUCUAAAGUUCAAAAGCCAGCCGACGUUUGCGUUCUUCGCUGCCGUCAACCAUAUCUUGUUGAACCUCUUAGGAAAUAGAAGUUUUAUUCAACGAGUUCAAAAGGUUAUGGUUUAUCAAUUGUGAUUGGUUGAUUUCGAUCCGUUUUGUGUGUUUCUGUGAUUCAAGGUUCGUUGCUUGUGCUCGUAAUUAUGAUUGACGGCAGCGAAAAACGCAAUUGUGAAGGCGGCUUUUGAACCUCAGAGUUCUUGUGUUUUUGAAAAACGCAGUAAUGAAAGAACCACUCUCAGUCAAACAUUAGUUGUAACUGUGAGAUUUUUUGGUUCCUUCAAGGGAGCUCUUUUCCCUUGUAACCACGCCAUCUGGAGCAAAUGGGCUCCGCCUGCAGAGAGGACUCGACUGUUCACGAUCACUGUCGCAGGUAAAUAAAGCCAUCAAGUCAUUUAUGUGGUUAUCUUUUACUUUUAGGCCCCCAUUCAAAGACCUUUCUCAACUCACCCUGUAGAGAUGUGCCGGUUAUUGAAUCCUUAACUGAGUUUCAGAGCCGUUUUUAACUUUAGCUUUACUAAAUUUUCAUGCACUUAUAAAAAUACAAGGAAAUAAUUGUAUUCAAGAAAACUGGGGAAAACCUCCAACAGGAUUUAACAAUCCCUUUAAAGGAGGUCACCCCAACUAAAUGAAAUAAUUAAGAGACAAUUUUACAACUAAUGUAUAAUUAAUCAUAAUUAAAUAAAUAAAUCUUAACAUUAGGCAAACCUUACAAUCUCUGAGAAAAAGAUUUAGCUUUAUGGCACUAAGCUCUCUUUCACUGCAGAGAAAAGUCUCUGCAUGAGUUGAGGGCUUUAGGGUCUUGUAUGACUGACCGGUAUUUUUCCAGAGUAUUAUCAGUUCUUUUGGCUUGUUAAUCCGAUGACAAACGAUACUGAUUCCGAUUCUCUGCAAGAAUUAUAUAAAAAAUGUUUUUCAUACAUCACACGGGGGAUUUAACACUGAAUCAUGUCAUAAACAAGCAGAAAACACAAGUCAGAUUUUAUUGGUGUUAAAAGUUUUGGCAUCUUAAUCAGAUCUAGUUCUUUUUUGACAUUCAGAUUUGUAGCAACUCGGAUAUGAAAAGAUUCACUUACCCAAAUCGAGGUGCACUAAUCGUCUCCGAAAAAAAUACUUGAAAUCAACACUUUUUAUUUUCCACAGGCCUCUACUAAUUAAGAAACCUAACGCGCUUGUUUUUUUUUCACAUGAAGGUUGUCCAGUUGGUACCAUUCUCUCUAUGCCGCUUAGUGGUAUCAUGUCUAAAUAUGGUUUUGAUGGCGGUUGGGCGUCUGUCUUCUACUGCUUCGGUAAGAGCCUGUAAGAACAUCAAUUGUAUUAUGUUUUUGAAAACCUAAUUUCUUCCUUUAGUUUAUUCUUUUUACGCUGUGUCUGUUCUCGUGAUUUUGUUUUCAUGAACGUAUUUUAAUAGCGAAAUUUGCGAGCAGAUACUUUUUUAUGAUUUUUGUCUGGGUUCCGGCAAAAAAAUCUUGACAACUGUGCAUGUAGUGGGUAAUAUGUAAAAUCUCAAGCUAAACCAUUCUCCAGCCUAGUUUGAUUCAGAAUUUCCUUUGUUUUUUAGCCUUCGAAGACAAAUGAAAUUUUGUUCAAAUUCAUUAUAUUUAAGGAGGGUGAAAUAAUACAAGUAAAAUACCGCGUGAUCAAACAGUGACUUUCAAUUGGUUGUUUAGGUGCAAUUGGCCUUUUGUGGUUCUUUGUCUGGCAGCUAGCGAUCCACGGCUCUCCAUCCGAGCAUCCAACCAUUUCCCCUGAAGAACGAGACUUCAUAGAAAAAAGUAUAGCACAACUACCACCUGCAAAGGUAAAGUGAGAGUUGAUGUAAUAAACACUAGGUGGAAGAGUGUUCCAAAUGGAUAUCAAAACAGCGAGGUCUGCCUUUGCAGUAUUUCUAACUGAUAUCAAUGUGUUGAAGUUUAUUCAGUUUAUUUUUCAUUAAAACAUAAUAAUAAUAAUAAUAACUUUAUUUACAUAGCGCUCAUAUCCUGAGCGCUUUACAAUGUAAAAAAGGGAAAAUGAAAUAAUUUACAUAUCACAAAAAAUAUUAAAAAAUCUAUUUACAAUCAUUAUAUUACAGGUCUUAAAAUCAUAAAGUUUGCGAAAACAAUAACCCACUCUCUAAAAAUUGCUUAAAAAGAUAUGUUUUCAAUUCUUUCUUAAAAGCAGUUAAAGAUGGUGACUUACGCAAAUCUAAUGGUAGUAAAUUCCAUAAUUUAGGGGCACACACUGAAAAAGCCUUGUCCCCUUAAGUUUUCGUGAUUGAUCGAGGUUGGUCUAAAAGCUGCUUAGAUGCGGACCGCAAGAACAUAAAAAGUUCUCUUUAAUUUCGUCUAGUGAGAAGGCCAAUGCUUAAUCGACGUCACCAUUUUCCCACUUUUGAUUAACUAACGGUAUGAAUCGUUUGUCUCGAAGAUGUGCAGUUAUCCUGACUGCAGAAUUUUAAUUUUCUAUAGUUUUUCAAAAAGAUAGAAGUAUUCUACUUUGUAACAAAUGAAUCGAGUAGACAGGAAUACACAACAUGACUAGAUUAAGGCAAACUUGAACCAAACUUAAGCCUGCUAUCAUUUUUUUUUUCGUAUUUCAGAAAGGGCAAGUUCCAUGGAAAUCUAUUUUUACUUCCGGUCCCGUGUGGGCCAUCAUAACGGCGAACUUCACCGCCGACUGGGGCAUGUACACGAUCCUGAUCUGUCUACCUAAAUAUUUCAUCGAGGUUUUGCACUUUGAUCUUGCUAAGGUACGUGCUAUGCCAAACGUAACGAAAACAAGUUUUCAAGGGGUACUUGUGUCACUGACCUGCGUAACUUUUUUAUCAAAAAACUGUAAUGCAUACGUAUUCCGGAUUAAAUGGGCCCUUAAAAAAAGACUAACAGAAACAACUACGAGGUGCUUGGAGCACAAAUUAGGCAACGCAGACUAAUUUGUGUAUGAGGGGCCUAAGAAAAACAUACAAAAAUAGGUACGCAAGGAAUGCUUGUACAAUUGAUUUAUGUUUGAAACCUUUACAUUGGCUAAUCCACAGGUUUUUGCGUGUCACGAUCCCUUAAAAAUUGGCACGCAAGGGGUGUUUGUGUCAUUGAUGUUAUGUAUAUCCCACAGCACAAGAAACGUACGUCCGCUUUUCAUAAAUCAUCAAAUGUUAAAUGUUUGGAUACCAAAUUAAUCUGUCCCUCUGAUUCCUUGAUUAACAGACAGGAUUCCUAGCUGCCUUACCAUAUGUCGUAAAGGCAUUUGUGGGGCCAGCAGGAGGAGUUCUUGUUGACUGGCUCAUUAAGAACAAGCUGACGGUGAAGAACACCAGAAGAUGCGUUUUCACAGUUGGUAAGAUAAAUAAUUUCAUGUGGCUGAAGAAAUACCUUUGGAUUCAAUUGAUGACAAGAUAAUAUGUGUGAUCUUCAUGAGGGUAUUAUUCAUCCUUAAAGCAUUCAAAAUGAGUCAGCAACUUUUUGUUAUCGAAAGUAAUGAAAAUAGAACCUUAUCUUUAAAGAGGAGACAAGAUCGUAAAAAAAAAUUCCGUUUAAAUUUGCUUACUAACAGAAAGAACAGAAAAAUUAUAGUUGGUGUUUAUUGCCUCUCGAACACUUUACCUAUCCCGCAUGCAGGUUUUAAAAUAAAAACUUUGGUUAUUGCGAGACUUGACGAACCCGACGCACUCCCUCUUUAGUUUCAUCGUAAGUUACCAAAAAAUUGGCGAUACUUUUUUCAUUGUAAGCACUUAAAGGAUUCGAGGACUAAGAAUUGUUCGAGCAGUCUCACUCUUUAUUUAUAGCUAGCGUUGUAGACGUAAUCCAACCCAUUUCCGCUCGUUUAUAAUUUAUGGAGAGUUUUAUUUUCCUUCCUCCAGGUUGUACAACAGCGUCGUUAUUUAUACUGAUCACUGGCUACGCCUCGUCUCCAGCUCUUGCUGUCGCCUUCCUCACUAUUGGUGUCGGUAUCACCGGUCUGAACGCUUCCGGUUACGCCGUCAACAUUCUUGAUAUUGCGCCUCAGUACGCAGGCGUAAUCAUGGGUGUAACUAAUGUGUUUGGUGCUUCGCCAGGCUUUAUCAGCCCGCAGAUUGUUGGGAUUUUAACUCCUAAUAAGGUAAUAACAAACCUCUUCAAUAGGACAAUUGCACGAUGACGAUAUUUGACCACAACUACCAGAAUUCAUUUCGGUUUUGCUUUGUUAUUUAAAUUGUUAAUCCCGCUGCGGAUUAAAGAACAAUAGCCUUAAUUUGCACAAGAAAACAACAAACUCAAGGGUUCUGGUAGUUGUAGUAAAAUGACGUCAUCAUGCAACUGUCCUAUUGUCUUAUGAAGAUAAAGAUUAGAUUGAAAACGAUGCAAUUAUUAUCAAAUUCCGUGACAUCAUCUUUUCUUUCUAAAACUUUAAAAGUCGAGAAAGCUUUACUUGUUUAGCACUGGCAAAAGGGAGAUACUCUCCAAAAUUUAUUCAAGACGGCUACAGGCCGUAGGGUAGAAAUUUCAUGUUCGUUUCAUGUUCUUUCAUAAUAUAAUGGUCAUGGAAAACUAUGAUGGAAAGAAACAUCGUCUUGAAAAAGACGGGCUAACGAUUGCAGUUGAACCUCUUUACAACGGCCACCGUAGGGACAGAAAAUAGUGGCCGUAACAGAAACGUUUUAAACAAGAGUCAAUGUAUGGAUUUUUUUUGUCCACCGGGACGAAAAAAAGUGGCCUUUGUAGAGAGGUGGCCGUUAACGGCGAGUCGACUGUAAUUAUGUCCCGUGUUUUAGAUGAAAAUGAAACUAACAAAUAUCUCCACUAGUUUAAAAACUUAUUUAACUCUUGACUCAGGUGAAUAAAGAAUUGAAGUAAAAUUUUGUCCAGAAAAAAUAAUAGUUCUAAGGGCCGGAGCAUCUCAUGUCAACAUUGUUUCAGUGAAACUCUUUCUUGCAUUUAAAAAAGUAUAAUAUACUUAAAAGUAAAAUAAUAAGUAUAGAACUGAUUAAACUGUUCAAAUGUUAAUUAUUCUUUCUUUAGACUGCGGGUGAAUGGCGAAUUGUAUUUUGGAUCACUGCGAUAGUCUAUAUCGUCGGUAUCGUGAUCUUUGGUUUGCUGGUGUCAGGUAAAUUGCAGCCGUGGGCGAACACGAGUAAGGAAGAGGAAGAGGACGACAAAAAGGGAGGAGAAGAGGAAAAAGGAGAAGAAAAGCAGGAUAAAUCGGACGAAGAAAAGAAAGAUGACGAGAAAGCUACAGAGGAGAACAAGAAAGAAAGCAAACAGGAUCAAAAGACAGAAGAAUCUCCUCCAUAAUGAUCCGCAGAUUUAAGUUAUAAUGCUGGCUAGGCCUAAAUGUCAUCCUAGUUACCAGAAAUAAAAAUCUUUAACCUCUUAAAGAAUAUGUUCAAGUUCAAC